AUGUCGGAUUCAGAGGGCAGUAAUUACUCUGGGAGUGGAUCUGAUGCUGGAAGCGUAGCAUCUCGACGAUCACGAAGGAGCGCCGCGUCAAAUCACUCAGUGAGGUCCCGUUCGGGCUCCCGGUCACGCUCAGGAAGCCGAAGCCCUUCGCGAAGCCCUUCUAGGUCUCGCUCCAGGUCCAGAUCGCCCUCUAGAUCUCGCUCCAGGAGUCGUUCAGCAGGUUCUGACCGCAGUCGUAACAAAGAUGACGAGGCAAAGGAGGCAUCAGGAGAUGAAGAAGUUGAGGAUGAACAAGAGCCAGAAGGUGAGGAUCUGGUGGACUCAGAAGAAUAUGAAGAAGACGAAGAAGAAGAAAGAAUGAUUAAGAAACGUAAGAAGGAUAGCCGUUAUGGAGGAUUCAUUAUUGAUGAAGCUGAGGUGGAUGAUGAAGUAGACGAAGAUGAUGAAUGGGAAGAGGGUGCCCAAGAGAUGGGCAUCGUUGGAAAUGAAGUCGAUGAAAUUGGUCCCACUGCUAGAGAAAUUGAAGGUCGUAGGAGAGGCACAAAUCUUUGGGACUCACAGAAAGAGGAAGAAAUAGAGGAAUACCUUAGAAAUAAGUAUGCAGACGAGUCUGCAGCACUCCGACACUUUGGUGAAGGUGGUGAGGAGAUGUCAGAUGAAAUUACACAACAAACUCUCUUGCCUGGAAUAAAAGAUCCCAAUUUGUGGAUGGUUAAAUGCAGAAUAGGUGAAGAAAAAGCUACAGUAUUACUCCUUAUGAGAAAAUUUAUUGCUUACCAGUUCUCUGACGAGCCCUUCCAAAUUAAAUCUGUUGUGGCUCCGGAGGGUGUGAAAGGAUAUAUUUACAUUGAGUCAUUCAAACAGACACAUGUGAAAAAUAUUAUUAAUAAUGUGGGUACUUUGAGAAUGGGCAUUUGGAAACAAGAUAUGGUUCCGAUCAAGGAAAUGACUGAUGUAUUGAGGGUGGUCAAAGAACAGUCAGGUUUGAAACCAAAGCAAUGGGUCAGGCUGAAGAGAGGAUUGUACAAAGAUGACAUUGCACAGGUAGAUUAUGUAGAUCUUGCCCAAAAUCAAGUACAUCUAAAGUUGCUGCCUAGAAUAGAUUACACAAGAUUGAGAGGAGCUCUUAGAACUGUUCAGAGUGAAAGCGAGGCAGCUAAAAGGAAGAAGAAGCGUCGUCCAGCCGCAAAACCUUUUGACCCUGAAGCUAUCAGAGCUAUCGGUGGCGAAGUUACGUCUGAUGGUGACUUCUUGAUAUUUGAGGGUAACAGAUACUCUCGGAAAGGAUUUUUGUAUAAAAACUUCACCAUGUCCGCCAUAUUGGCGGAGGGUGUGAAACCAACUUUAACUGAGUUGGAAAGAUUUGAGGAACAGCCUGAGGGUAUAGACAUAGAAUUAGCAGCACCAGCCAAAGAUGACCCAACAAGUCUACACUCGUUUUCUAUGGGGGAUAAUGUUGAAGUAUGUACUGGUGAUCUGGCCAACCUUCAAGCAAGGAUUAUAGCUAUUGAUGGCUCAAUGAUAACAGUUAUGCCGAAACACGACGCUUUAAAAGAUGCUUUAGUAUUCAAACCUAAUGAAUUGCGAAAGUACUUCAAACAAGGUGAUCAUGUUAAAGUCUUAGCUGGUCGGUACGAGGGAGACACCGGUCUGAUUGUACGUGUCGAACCACACAGGGUGGUAUUAGUGUCAGAUCUCACGAUGCAUGAAUUAGAAGUAUUACCAAGAGAUCUACAACUUUGCUCGGACAUGGCCACCGGUGUGGACUCACUCGGACAGUUCCAAUGGGGCGACAUGGUUCAACUGGAUCCACAAACGGUCGGCGUCAUCGUUCGACUGGAGAAGGAGAACUUCCACGUCCUAGGCAUGCAAGGGAAAGUAAUCGAAUGCAAGCCUCAAGCGUUACAGAAACGUCGUGAAAGCAGAUUCACUAUGGCUUUGGAUUCGGAACAAAAUACUAUUCAGAAACGUGAUAUCGUUAAGGUGAUCGAUGGGCCGCACGCCGGCCGUAAUGGAGAAAUUAAACACCUGUAUAGAAAUUUCGCAUUCUUACAAUCCCGAAUGUAUCUCGAUAAUGGUGGUAUAUUCGUAUGCAAGACACGACAUCUUCAACUCGCCGGUGGCAAUAAGAACUCCAAUGCAUCGACAGGUCUUUCUUUAGGUUUCAUGUCGCCACGUAUUCAGUCACCGAUGCACCCAUCAGGACGCGGCGGCAUGACUCCACGCGGCCGAGGAGGGCGGGGAGGUCGUGGCGGAGGAGUGACGCGAGACCGCGAGCUUAUUGGACAAACGAUCAAGAUCACCGGAGGGCCAUACAAGGGCAACGUGGGUAUCGUUAAAGAUGCCACAGGCAGCACCGCUCGAGUGGAGUUACAUUCAGCUUGUCAGACCAUUUCUGUUGAUCGUUCUCACAUUGCGGGAGCUGGCAACACCGCACGCGACGGGGCUAGCUCAUUUUACUCACGUACUCCCGGGCGUACCCCUACUCUUGGCGCCCAAACACCCACUUACCGCGAUACUGGCAUCAAGACCCCUAUGCAUGGAUCAGCCACGCCUAUCUACGACGUCGGGAACCGCACGCCACAUUACGGCUCUGCAACUCCGUCGCACGAGGGUGCCCGAACACCAGCCCAUGGAGCCUGGGAUCCGGCGGCCGCCAACACACCAGCUCGUCCCGCAGAUUUCGAAUACGGCUCUUUGGAUGAUUCAGAUGCGGCCUACGCCGCCGGACCUUUCACUCCCCAAACUCCAGGGACAAUGUACGGAUCAGAUCACACAUACAGUCCGUACCGACCUAGCCCUAGCCCCGCUGGCUAUACUGCUGGAUAUCCAGCGACACCCAGCCCCGGCGGCUACUCGCCCAGAUCGCCAUACACGAGCGGUGAGGCGACGGCUCCAGAUUGGCACACGACAGAAGUGGAGGUUCGCGUGCGAGCUUCUCACGAUGACGAUGCUCUGGCGGGUCAAACUGGGGUCGUCCGAGGACUCUCUGCUGGCAUGUGUGCGUUAUACUUACCUUUAGAAGACCGUGUUGUCAAUGUUCUAGCUGACUUACUGGAGCCCGUUGUUCCUCAGUCUGGUGACAGAGUCAAAGUAAUCGCAGGUGAAGACCGCGAAGCCGUGGGACAACUUAUAUCCAUAGAAAAUCAGGAGGGUGUCGUCAAAUUCGGCACUGAUGAUAUUAAGAUUAUGCAACUGAGACAUCUCUGCAAGAUGAGCACUGCAUAG